CGGAAACAGUUCGUCUAGAACGUCGUGUCGAUCGAGUUACUUGCUUAUUGUUAUAUAUUGAUAAGUGUUGUCGUUCGAUCGUUGAACUUUCGGUUGUGACACGAGGAAAGUGCUUAACGGGACAACUGACAUAGUUAGAAUAAUGUUUUUUUCGUGUGUUACUUGAUUUGAUUCGCAUUUGAGCUAGAAAACUACCAGGCUAGAAGUGUUCUCACCCAGUUGAACAAAUAGAGUAUUCUGUGAAAAAAAAAUCCGUAAUAAUGGCGUUAGUGUUACGAUCAGUGUUCAACACCUACACAUUCUGCUUUAAGGAAUACAAUGAUCCUAGAGUGGAGCAUUUUCCUUUACUUGGAUCACCGUGGCCGGUGAUAUUGUUGAUAAUCGUGUAUCUCAAGUUUGUCUACAAUUGGGGGCCAAAGCUUAUGGAAAAUCGUAAACCCUACAAUUUGAAAACAUUGAUGAACGUCUAUAAUGCGUUGCAAGUUUUACUUAAUCUGUAUAUAGGUGUGACGGGAUUCCUCAACUCGUACUUCUCCGAGGAUUACGAUUGGCUCUGUGAGCCGAUAAAUCAAAAAACAAGCCCUGCUCGGCGGAAGCUCAUUAUGGCGACAUAUUUGUAUUUUUUGUCCAAAAUUGUAGAUUUACUUGACACUGUGUUCUUCGUACUAAGAAAGAAGAAUAAUCAAAUUACAUUUUUGCACACGUAUCACCACGCAGCAAUGAUAUUGGCUACGUACAUUGCCAAUAAGUUCUUGUCAGGCAGUCACGCAACGCUGCUCGGGCUCAUCAACAGUUUUGUGCAUGUCAUCAUGUACUUCUAUUACUUCCUGACCUCGUUCCGGCCGGAAGUCAAGAAUUCCUUGUGGUGGAAGAAGUAUAUCACGCAGGUUCAACUGUUCCAAUUUAUGAUCCUCAUGGCACACUUUGGAAUUCCGCUGCUGCUCGGUUAUUGUAACUACCCGACCUCCUUGUUGUUUAUCGGCUUCACGCAGAACUUGUUCAUGUUUACACUGUUUGCUGACUUUUACAUCAAGGCCUAUCUAAAAUCGAAAAAGCGAAAGACCGAAAUGACAAAUGGUUCCAGUUGCUUGAAUCAUUCACUAGCAAAAGUAGUUAAAUAAAUUUGCAUGAAAUAUAUGGCCUGCAGAAAAAAAAAUGAGAUGCGAAGUCUCUCUUGCCUAAUUAUGUUCCUCCAGCGAAUUUCACAGUUAUGUAGACUUUAAUGCGAUAUGUAAAUCAUUCAAAAUUGUACGGAAUUUCACUACCAUGCAACAUUCAGUCUCAAACCCAUUGGUUCUUAAGCAAACAUUAUUUACUUAAAGCGUAUACAGACAAAGAUAUUUCUUUGU